AUGAAAAGUGAAUAUUCUGGCAGAAAAUGGAUGGGACUUAGUGGAGUUCGCCUUUCUUUUAUGAUCGGUGCUGUUGCAAGUGCUGGUUUCUUAUUAUUAGGUUAUGAUCAAGGUGUAAUGAGUGGUUUGCUCACUUUACCAAGUUUCACAGAAACAUUUCCUCAAAUUGAUACAACGAGAAAUAAAGCAGGUACAUCAAGUGAAUCAACUUUACAAGGAUUAACAAUCGGUCUUUAUGAAAUUGGUUGUUUGAUAGGUGCUUUAUCUUGUUUAUGGCUUGGUGACCUUUGGGGUAGAAGAGCCGUUAUUUGGGUUGGUACAAUUUGGAUGGUCAUCGGUGCAAUCAUUCAAGCUUCUUCUUUUGGACUUCCUCAAUUGAUCGUUGGUAGAAUUAUUGGUGGUAUAGGAAAUGGAAUGCAUACUGCCACGAUUCCUAUGUGGCAGUCUGAAUGUUCACCUCCUCACAAAAGAGGAAAACUCGUCAUGAUCGAAGGUUUAUUGAUCACGGGUGGAAUUUGCAUGGCAUAUUGGAUCGACUUUGCAUUUUAUUGGCUCGAUCCAAAUUAUCCACAUAGAUCAGCUGCUUGGCGUAUUCCAAUCGCUUGGCAAAUUUUUCUCUGUUUACCGACAUUCUUGACAAUUUUGAUGCCAGAAUCACCACGUUGGUUGGUUCUCAAAGGACGAACAGACGAAGCAAGAGAAGUGAUAGGCUGCUUAGACGAAACUUCAGUCGAUGAUCCGGAAACGAUUGCAAAAGUUAAAGAAAUCCAAGAAUCUCUAGCUGUGGCCCAAAGCAAAGGAUUAUCAGAUGUGUUCAAAAAUGGAAAAGAGAAGAAUCUUCAUCGAGCUCUUUUAGGUAUUGUAAGCCAGGCCGCCCAACAAUUAAGCGGUAUCAACCUUAUUACGUACUAUGCAGCAACACUAUUCGAGACCAAUCUGGGCUUAUCGGCGCUUUUGUCCAGAAUCUUGGCAGCAUGCAACGGUACAGAAUACUUUAUCGCUUCUAUUGUUGCUGUGUACACAAUUGAAACAUUCGGUAGACGCAAAUUAAUGUUGUUUGGCGCAGCAGGAAUGUGUAUCACAAUGGCCAUUUUGGGUGGACUCACGGCGCCUAGCUCUCUCAAAAAGACGGCAAGCGGAGAAGCAUCCAACAAAGCGCCAGCAUAUGCAGCAGCUGUGUUUUUGUUUGUCUUCAAUACAUUCUUUGCAAUCGGUUGGUUAGGAAUGACUUGGUUGUAUCCUGCUGAAAUUUGUCCAUUGUCGAUUCGUGCGGCCGCAAAUGGACUUUCGACAGCAUCCAAUUGGAUCUUCAACUUCCUUGUCGUUUUGGUCACGCCCAUUUCUUUCUACCAAAUCGAUUACGGAACAUACCUCGUAUUUAUGUCCCUCAAUGCAAUCAUCUUUUUCGUCACGUUCUUCUGUUUCCCCGAGACAGCAGGCAGAUCAUUAGAAGAAAUGUCGGGAAUAUUCGAAAAAGCGAGUACCAGAAACCCGUAUGACGUUGUCCGAAUCGAACAAAGAACACCAAGACGAUACGACAAACAAGGUCAACUACUCGUCAGCGAUGAAGAGCUAGGACAAGGCAUAUUUGGAGAUGAAGUUGUACAAACGAAAGAGAAAUCUGCUGACAAGGACUCGCAACCGGAUGCUCUCCGUGUGGAGACGCACGAUGCUGAUUCGCCCAGUACAAGAUCUGGUUGA